UCAAACGUUUGAUGAAAGAGGCUGCAGAACUGAAGGAUCCUACAGAUCAUUAUCAUGCACAGCCUUUGGAGGAUAAUCUUUUUGAAUGGCAUUUUACUGUUAGAGGCCCCCCAGAUUCAGAUUUCGAUGGAGGGAUUUAUCACGGGCGAAUAGUACUACCACCUGAAUAUCCCAUGAAACCACCCAGCAUUAUUUUGCUGACGGCCAACGGCAGGUUUGAAGUGGGGAAGAAAAUUUGUUUAAGCAUCUCAGGGCAUCAUCCUGAAACAUGGCAGCCUUCAUGGAGCAUAAGAACAGCUUUACUAGCCAUUAUUGGAUUUAUGCCAACCAAAGGUGAAGGAGCAAUAGGAUCUUUAGAUUAUACACCAGAAGAAAGAAGAGCUCUUGCAAAGAAGUCACAAGACUUCUGUUGUGAAAUGUGUGGCACAUCUAUGAAGACAGUCCUCUUACCACUAACAUCUGGAAGCGUGUCAAGCCAGGCGGACAAGGAGGCUAAAGAACUUGCCAGACAAAUUAGCUUCAAGGCAGAAGUCAAUUCAUCCAGGAAAUCUGAUGCUGGACCCUCAAACACGUCAGGAUUGAACCACACUGCCGCUUCACAUGAGCCCCAGCAGGAUGGGGCAGAUAGAGCAUUCCAGGAUCCAACAAGUGCAACGUCUGGAACUCGGAAUAGCAGCGCAGUGGCCAGCCAAGAGCGAACUCCGCCGGUGUCCACUAACACAUCCAUGAGCCCUCGGCAGCGCCGUGCCCAGCAGCAGAGUCAGAGGCGGGCUCCAUCUUCGACUGACUUCAAUCGGGUACAGCAACCAAGAGUCAACAUGAACCACACUGGAUCAACUGUUCUGAUUGUCCUUCUGACUUUUGCAUUGGCAGCUCUUAUAUUUCGUAGAAUAUGUUUGGCUAACGAGUAUAUAUUUGAGUUAUAAAGUUGUUUGUCGUAACAGCAGUGACUUGAAUGCUUCGUUGAACAUUCUGUAUUGGGUAUGACAUGAGAACUGUUUACAAAGA